GGGGAUUGAUUGCGUGGCUGACUCCUCGUGCAAUUGAGCUCUUCUAAUGGAGUCGUCGUCUUCCUCGUUUUCAUCUUUCGAGAAUUCUCUUUCUCAAUGGGACUAUCUCAAUCUAUUCAUACUACGCCCGAUCCUUGCCGUCGUGUUCACGUUCUCCUUGAUUUCUCUUGGUUGGUUUUUGGCGUGGAAGCUCGUUCUUGUUCAUGUCCCUCUGGUGCAAGAAAUUUUUGGUUUGCGUAAGAAAUCCGUCAAACCGAAGCCUCCAACCCGCCGACUAUCGAAAUUUUAUAAUAAUUUGGAUUCCCAAACUUCAGCUUCUGGCUGAUGACUGUGAUGGUGAUUACCUCAUCGAGUUCUGACAUGAGCAAUGGCUUAUGCUUUGUUUUAUUGUGACUGUAAAUUCGGGUUACUCGAGUUCUUCAAGUUGUAUAUAUUCACUUCUCUUCUCAAUUUCAAAGUCUUUACUCUUGUAAAUUUGGGUUGCAUUUGUUGGACUAGUUAUGGCUAUUUUAUCUUCAUAAAGUUUUCUUUUUUCAUUA